GUUUCUUUUCGCGUGAAGCAGAUUGGAUUUUAUUGGAAGAUCCCAGUCGAGUUAAAACGGUCGAGCGAGUUAGAUCAGCGAUGGUUAAAGUGAAAUGUGUUUGCUUCGCUAUUUGUUUACUCAUAAACACCAUUCCGGUGAAGGGGCAGUACUGGAACAACAACGGUGACCAGGGUCAGUGGUCUGGGUUUCCGUCUGAGGUGCCGCAGCAACAGCAGUGGCAACAGCCACAGCCACAGCCACAGCCGGAGCCAAGCAGGUGGGACUAUGGCAACUAUAAUAGCUUCCAAAACGGCUUCAACAGUCAAUGGCCGCCGGGUUACUAUAACGCCUACGGAUAUUAUAGGCCCCCUCCACCACCACCGCCACCUCCUUGCGGAAGGCCACCGCCUGGACCUCCGCCGCCGGGUCCACCGCCUCCGGGCCCACCCCCAGGCUGCCCAGGAGGACCACCUCCGCCACGCCCACCACAUCACCAUCAUCAGUGGGCACCACGUCGUCCACCAAUGAAUCACCACAGAAAUUUUCACAAUAUUUUUCUCAACAUGGAACGGAAAGUUGAUGGGGAUAACUAUAACCAUACUGCCGAAAUGGAGGACUUGCACGACGAUUUCAACGGAAGAUCACUGGUGGCACCCGGACAAUAUCCCCACAUGGCCGCUUUAGGUUUCCGCAAUGAGAACCAUGAGAUCGACUACAAAUGCGGUGGCAGCUUGAUCAGCGAGAACUUUGUGCUCACGGCAGCUCACUGCUUGACCACUCACGGCAAACACCCGGAUGUUGUGAAAAUCGGCGACAUCAAGCUCAAGGAGUGGGAGAACGACGUGGCUCCCCAAAGACGUCGCGUCGCCCAGAUCUACCUACAUCCCCUUUAUAAUUCCACCCUCAACUACCACGACAUUGGACUGAUCCAGCUUAAUCGGCCGGUGGAAUACACUUGGUUUGUGAAACCAGCCCGUCUUUGGCCAAGACACGAGAUUCCCUAUGGAAAACUACACACCAUGGGCUAUGGCUCGACAGCAUUUGCUCAGCCCCAAACGAAUAUUCUGACGGAGCUGGAUCUAUCCGAAGUGCCACUGGAGCAGUGUAAUAGUAGUCUACCCGCCGACGAAAGUGCACCGAAUGGUAUCCUCUCGAGUCAGAUUUGUGCUCAUGACUACGAAAAGAACGCCGAUACGUGUCAGGGAGAUUCUGGUGGUCCUUUACAAUUGAAUUUGGAGCGUCGUCGCCGGCGUCAUCGCAGCAGAAGACAUUACCGAUAUUACUUAGUGGGUAUCACUUCCUAUGGAGCCUACUGUCGCAGUGAAUUUCCAGGUGUUUAUACGCGUGUGUCAUCGUACAUUGACUGGAUAGCUUCUAUAGUGUGGCCCAAUUAUUAUAGCGAGUUUACGAAUCAGUAAUUAAAAAAUAUGAAAU